AUGGAGACUAAUGUUUGGGGAGUGAAUGAAAAACGAGAGUCUGCAUCUUUUUAUGGUGAAAGCUAUGUAGAGCUUAACAUCGUAGAAGUUUUCUCUGAAUUAUCUCUUCAGUUAAAAUUUCAAACCAGCAAGCCACAAGGAUUACUUUUUCUUGCAGCUGGGAAAAAUGACUACUGUAUAAUAGAACUUCUAUCAGGAAACUUACGGGUGAGAGUGAAUUUGGGUGCAGAUGAACAGGUGCUCCUUUCUGAGCAAAGACUUCGUAUGGAUGACUUGGUUUGGCAUAUAGUGGAACUGCACUGUGUUAAGGAUAAUCUCUCUUUGGUUAUUGAUAAACGUUAUGAGACAACUGGCCAAAUCACUGGUGGGAUGCACAAUUUUCACUUUCAACAUGGAAUCUACGUAGCAGGCCACAGUGAACUUGAUGUCCCUUACCUAGAUGGAGAGCUCCCCAAUUUCCGUGGAUGUAUGGAGGAUGUGGUAUUUAACCAGAGGGAGAUCCUUACGUCCCUUAGAUCUUACCCUGGUUUUAAGAAAGUUUAUGAGGUGUCACUAGGGUGCAGUGAUGAAUUUUUUGCAGGGGAGGAUGAAGCCAUCAAUUUCUUUAGCUCCAGAUCCUAUGUCACCUUCCCAGAAUGGAGGGUGCAAGGGGAAGGGCUACUGGAAUUUGCUUUGCAGACUGGUAGUCAGCAAGCCUUGCUUUUAUUUCAGUCAGGUAGAGAAGGAGAUUUUGUUGCUUUGGAAAUAGUUAAAGGUCUGUUGAAGGCUCAUGUAGGAAGGAGUAAAAGUAAUACUCAGCUCUCUUCUUUUAGCUUAGUUAGUGACAACAAGUGGCACAUUAUUCAACUCAAAUUCACUGGAAACUAUCUGGACCUGAUGGUAGAUGGACAAGGGGUGAGGACGUUGCUGCCUUUGCAAAGCAAAUCAUUUGUAUCUGAAGGCCCCCUCUUCGUGGGAGGUCUUCAUAACCGGAAGGGAGAAGAAGUUAAGAGGUUAGAACUUGUCUCUGUGCCUAGGAAAUCUGCUGGAGGAAUCUCUUUCAAAGGGUGCUUAAGAGGCUUGGAAACCAAUUCGGAAAAGAGAGCAUUAAAGGAUGCCCUUGUUUCCAAAGACAUAUCUGCUGGGUGUAAAAUGAAGAGUAAUGGUAAUGAAAAUCCUUCCAUAACAACAACAGCAAACCUGGUUCAGUCAGAAGUUCCCCUGUCCACUGCUGUCCCUGAGGCAGGCAAGCCUUUGUUUCAAGAUGCAAGUAGCCGUUUCUUGGUUCUAAAUAACUUGGAGGUUCAAGAAGGUGGGCAAGCCUUAUUAGAACAAAGGCAUAUGAAGGUGGAUGUGGAAUUUAAGGAUUUGGGUAUCCAUCAUUCUCAAAUACUAUUUAAAAUAAAGGAAAUGCCUCUUCAUGGGUUCCUUCGAUUAGAUGUUUCCCCUGAGCAAGAAAAGGAGAAGGCUUUUACUGUGUUAGAUUUGGGGCAAGGAAAAGUUUGGUAUGUCCAUGACGGUUCAGAAGAACCUAGGGAUUAUUUCACAUUUUCGGUCUCUUUCAACAGCAAGAAGGAAAUGCCGUUAUAUCUGCAAGGACAUGUUCCACGUGUGUUUAACAUUAUUGUCAUUCCAGUAAAUGAUCCCCCGUACCUUAAGCUCCCUGAGGGAAACUUGCUUCUCCUAUUUGAGAACUGUAAGAAAAGACUGACUCCAAAUAUAAUACACGUGUCAGACCCUGACACGGAUUCCUUGAGUCUUAGUAUUUCAGUUCUUGCCAACUUCAAUUCUGGUGCUGGGUUUUUAGAAAACACCAACGAUCCUGGGAGAGCCAUUAAUGGUUUCACACAUGGGGAUUUAAGAGAUGGCAACAUUUUCUAUGUGCACAGGGGCCAUCGGAACUCUCGGAUCUUUCUGAGAGCAAGUGAUGGAGAGCUGGUUAGCAAUACAGUGGUGUUACGGGUCAUGGCUGUUCCUUGGGACUUUAAAGUGGCCAACAGGACCGGUGUGGUGGUACAGCAGGGUGGCAUCGUUCUGAUUACACAGAGUAACUUGUCAGUGGAGGUUAAUGGUGAACGCCAUGAGAUAGAAACCUGCUAUAAUGUCACUCGUCCACCUCAGUUUGGCCAGAUUCAGUGGCAGGGAUCAGGUGGUGAAUGGGAACAAGUUAGUUCCUUUUCUCAGCAUUCCAUUGAUCGGGGUCAGGUCCGGUACCAUAAUACAUUCAAAGAAUUGCAGCUAGAAAAUGUAAUGGAUCACUUUAAAUUUAAAGUUAACAUAGAAGGGAAAAUCAGUGAAGAGCUGAUGUUUCCUGUUACUGUACAAUGGCUAAAGUUUACACUUCUGAAAAAUGUUCCUCUCGAGAUCAGUAAAAUGAACAGACAAGUAUUGACUUCUGAUCAUUUGCAGGCUGUGACAGAGGGUGUGGAAGUAGCUGAGAGGGAAUUACAUUUUAAGUUACUGACCCCCCCUAAGAAAGGAAAAUUGCUACAUGGCAAUAAAAUUCUAAAAACAAACUCAGUCUUCAGCCAACAAAACAUUACAGACUCUAAGAUAAGUUAUGAACCACGGGAGAGGCCCAGGGAAGACACACAAGAUACAUUUAGGUUCUUGAUUGUUGCAAAACACAUAGAAUCAAAAGAUUAUACUUUCCGAAUAAACUUUAAAGCAUAUAACAUGCACAUUAUUGUAACGAACAGAGGAUUAUUUGUAAAAGAAGGAGAAGGGAAAUUAAUUACAAAGUCGGAAUUAUUUGCUCAAACCUUGGACAAUCAGACCUUCCAAUACAAAAUCACCAAGAGUCCUCAACAUGGGAAGCUGAAACUGAUUGGCUUUCCAGAUUCUCUGGGAAGUCAUGACAAUAUCACCACAUUUACUAAUCAAGACAUAGUGGGUGAGCGGCUGCUGUAUGUCCACGAUGACUCGGAGACUCACCGUGAUGAAUUCCUCGUUGUGGCCUCCAGCACGGGACCAGGCCAAGAGGGAAUGAUGAGGGAUCUUGACACAGAGCGUUUGUCUACAGAAAUCAAAGUCACCAUUUCUGUCGAGUUAAAGAAUGAUGAGAAACCAGUGCGCGUGGUAGAUAAGGUCUUCCACGUUGUGCGGAAUGGCCAGCGCUUAUUGACCCUGGCAGAUCUCUGUUACCAUGACCCUGAUUCCGAUUUUGAUGAUGGGCAAUUGCUCUACACCCGGCGGGGCAUCCCAAAUGGGGACUUGGUGCGAGCUGGUGACCCCACUCAGAAACUCUACCAGUUCAGGCAAGACGACCUACAGGAAGGGCAUGUGCUCUUCAGGCACCGGGGUGCAGACUUGGCCCGCUUUGUGCUGUUUGUGACAGACGGCGUCCACUACACGUCCUCCCUUCUUGAGGUCAGUGUGUCAGACCCCUACGUCCGGAUAGCCAACAACACGGGGCUGCUGGUACAGAGAGGAAAGGACAGCAGCCUCACAGCAGCCAACCUCAGUGUCACCACAAACCAAGAUGUCAGAACGGACCAUGAGAUCGAAUUCCACAUCGUGCGCCCCCCGAAGCACGGCAGAGUGCUGGUCAACAACUCGGUGUCCCGCACAUUUUCCCAGCAUGACGUGAAGCAAGGACGUGUGAUUUAUAGGGGUGACGGCAGUGGCAACUUUGAUGUCUUCAACCUGACAGUGAAAGUUAAAGACACAUGUUUAGAAGUGGGUGUCUAUGUGCGCGUGUACUUGGAAAGCCACCAACGUCACACCCAAAUUCUACACAGCAAGACCCUUGUAGUUGAAGAAGGAAAACCAGUAAAACUGAGUAGAGGAAGGCUCCAGGGUGUGCAUGAAGAUAAUAUUCCUUCAGAGGUAAUGUUCAUUGUCAGAACUCCGCCAAUGCAUGGAUACCUCCAAAAGUCUUUACCAGAAGAAAGCAGCUUGGGUGCGGAUGAAAAGUCCCCUUUGACAUUUACACAACAAGAUAUUGAUGAUGGUAAUAUCCAUUAUGUGCAGACUGCACCUGACCAACAAGAGGACCGUUUUUUACUGGAUGUGAUGAAUGGUUUCCAAGCUGUGAGUGGAGUUGAAAUCUUGGUGGAUAUCAUCCCUAAGUGGAUUCCUCUGGAGGUACAGAAUUUCACAGUCCAAGAAGGUGGUUCCAAAGCACUUCUGGAAGACUACCUCAAAAUUCCAAGCAAAUAUUUUAAGGGACUUGACUGUGAAUUUGUUCUCCUCAAACCACCAAAACAUGGUUAUGUUGAAAAUUCUCAUUUUCCAAGAGUAAAGCUAAUGAAAUUUACCAGGAAACAGGUGGAAGAUGAAUUGAUUUACUACGUUCAUGAUGAUAGUGAGGAGCUUCUUGACAAUUUCAGCAUCUUUGCAAAUAGCUCAGAGCUUGGAAAACAAAGUUUGCCCCAAACUCUUUUUGUGACUGUUGAAUCAGUAAAUGAUGAGGCUCCAGUAAUAACAGCCAAUAAAAUCCUUCAGGUGUGGGUGAAUUCUGUCACUGACAUUACCAGUGGUGACCUCUGUGCAGAGGAUGGGGACUCCUCCCCGCAGGACCUCACCUACUGGGUCACUCCACCGAGCAACGGGCAUUUGGCUCUCAAGUCCUUUCCUGGACGAAGUAUCCAGAACUUCACCCAGGUUCAAAUCAACGAGGGCCAGCUAGUGUUUGUCCACACUGGAGCCAAGUCAGGAGGCUUUAAUUUUCAGGUCACUGAUGGUUUGAACUUGGCACCGCGACAAAUUUUUAGCAUCACAGCUCAAGCUCUGAUCAUUAGCUUAGAAGUAAACAGAGGACUGAGCAUCUUUCCAGGUUCCAUGAAGCCCCUUUCAUCUUAUGACCUGAGAGCUGUGACCAAUGACAUGAAUAGUGCAGGAAACAGAACUAUAACUUUUACGAUUGUAAGUUCCCCUAGACUCGGAAGGCUGGUGCGCAUGAAUUCUGACAACAGCACAGAGGAUGUUUCCGUGUUUACUCAGAAUCUGGUCAGUGAACGGCUGAUAUUAUACCAGCAUGUGGACCGUGAGAACACUGGCUGGACUGCAGAAGACUCGUUCACAUUCACGGCAUCCUCCCCGCCAGCAGCUCUAGGCCCUGCAGAGUUUCGUAUUACUAUUUCAUAUGAAAUUAAUGAACCUGGUUGGCAGAGUCGUCUGCUUGCAAAUACAGGAGCUGCUGUCAAGGAGGGAGACAAAGUUCUCAUUGACCAAUCUAAGUUAGAUGCUUCCAACCUCUUAUUGAAGUUGCCUGAAUCUCAGCGCUCUUCCUAUGAAAUUUGGUUCCAAGUUACAUCUCUUCCUCAUCAUGGAACCAUUAUGGUUGGAGACAGAAAUAUUACCAAAAGAAAACCCAAUUUCUCCCAGUAUAUAAUUAAUAAAUUUGGAAUCACAUACCUUCACGAUGACUCUGAAUCACUGGCUGAUAACUUUACCUUUGCCGUUUGGCCAAACCAAAAGAGCAAGCCCGCCACCAAGCCAGAGGCUGACUUUCUUGAAGAGAUGUUUAACAUCACCGUCUCUCCUGUUAAUGAUCAGGCACCAGAAUUAAAGACAAAAGAGCUUCGGUUGAAAGUUCUACAGGGCAAUAGGUUGGUUCUGGGACCUGAAAACCUGAAAGUGGAAGAUCUAGACAGUCCUCCAGAGGAGAUAAGAUAUAUGAUCAUCCGUAAUCCUAAUAAUGGCUUUUUGUCAAUGGCUCACCAUCCAGACACACCUGUUCACCAUUUCACACAAGCCGACGUUGAUAACUCUCAGGUGUGGUUCAUACAAGAUGGAAGCCCUUCCUCUGGAGUGUUUUACUUUAGUGUGACUGAUGGCCAACACCGCCCACUCUACAAGCUCUUCCACCUGGAUGUCAUCCCCAUCUCCAUCACCCUUGUGAACCUCACUGACCUACUUCUUCCACAAGGCCAGACAACUGUCCGUAUCACCAAUGCUCACCUAUCAGCAAUGACCAAUGGGAGGAGCCCCCAAAUCACUUACAAGGUAACAUGGCCCCUCCAACACGGGUGUCUGCUCAUUGAAAAUCAGGUGGUCAUCAGCUUUGGACAGGAGGAUCUGGAUUCAGGAAGGCUCUCUUACCACAUGACAAACCUCACUGCCUCAGACGACCAGCUACAGUUCUCACUGUUUACAUCAGAAAGCAACCUGACAGGACAAACACUGAGCAUCAGAGUGCAGCCUUUACUGCGUAUUAUGUCAAACCUGACAAUUGCCAACAGAGUGGCUCAUACGCUGAGAAGAAAGGACCUUGAUGCUACUGAGCUUGCUAAUAGAACUAACAGUGACCCAAAAUUUGAAGUGACAGAACCCCCCGUCCAUGGAAGACUUGUCCGAAGAGUGAGCCGUGGCCCUAUGAUGGAAGAUGCAACUCUCUUCACUCAAAGGGACAUUGACCAAGGACUGCUGAUGCUUGAUCCACACGCCAAUCUAACGGGUACCAACGUGCUGAAUGACUCCUUCACUUUUUUGCUCAGGGCAGACCACGUACAGCCAGCGAUAGGCUAUCUCCCCUUUACCAUAGUGCCACCUAACCCCUUACUUUUGCAAACUUUUACUCCUGAUGUUUCUUUAUUAGUCACUGUAGAUAACCUUAUGACUUCAGAUCUCUCUCAGGAAAAGUCUUUGGUUUCCUCAAGACCCACAACACAGACAGAAACUCUGGGGAAGCAGACCCAGACCAGAUGGCAGGAAGCAGAUCCCUGGGGACGCCACAGUGGUAGAGAGCCUACUAUGGAUGGCAAGCCCUCUUCUACCAGGGUCAUUUGGCCAUCAGAUGCCAUGAAAGCCAGCCCUGGGGCACCCACCCAGCCCAGGGAGACCAGUUACUCUCUGGUGGUCAUCGUACCUGUGGCUGCCGUGGUCUGCCUGCUGAUAGUAACUGCAGUGGCCUUUUGUGUCUGGCUGCUGGGCCAGAAGGUAGAAAAGGCAAAACCUCUUAUCAAGCCCCAGACCAACCUGGAACCCACACCCCCGUGUCCAAGGCCGGAAAGGGGCAUAACUGUUCCCACCGUUACAGUGACGCCCCUUCUAAAAGGCUCCAGCAGUCCCCCAGUCAGUCUUUUCAGGGCCCCACAAUGUGAGCAAAUGGCCUCUCCAGUCACUGAGCCAGUGGAAAAAUGUGGUCCUUGGGAGACAUGGGUGAAUCUGGAUCCUGACAUGGUCAAGCUCUGCCGACAAACCAACCCAAUGCUGAAGCACAAACAGUAUUGGGUAUAAACUGAGGGCUCAUGUUUCUUAUUGACCACUUACUGUGUGCCAGAUACUGCGAUUGGCACUGGGAUACAAAGGCAAAGAAAAGCUGGUUGGAUCCACUGCGAAAAGCCUGGCCCUGCCACUUAUUCAGUGUUCAGUCAUGGCCCCAUGGUUAGAUGUUGGCGGGUGUUUAUUGUAACUUUUGUACAACAUUCAUCUUGUGGGCUCUCCACAGUGGGCUUCGUGUGCCCUCCUCUGGACCUGACUCUCUCAGUGUACGUAAGAUUUUGUCAAUAUUUAAACCCUUUACCAAGGUGCUACCAAACACACUGGCCCGACUGGCAACAGCAGUAUUAACUCAGGAGCUAGAAUUAGUGGAGGAAGUCUUUGAAUCCUUUUCACUGAGGAGUCACCGUCUCUGAGUGAGUCCACAGGAAGUGCAGGAGCUGUUUCAGCAAGUAGAAGAGGUAAUUUAGCAAGUCAGUGAGGUUGCUUCUAGUGUUUUUCUGUAAUGUCUUUUCCUCCUUGGAAUCUCUUGUUUUGACUUCCUAAUGCAAGAAAUGCCUUGGUGCUGCAGAUAGUGGGACAGCCUGGCCCUCUUUGAAGGUAUUCACUGAACGUAUUGUGUUUCAUCAAGAGGCUUUGUCUGUUCUGAUUUGUAAAAUCAAGCCUACAGUACAAAUGUUAUUUCAAGCCCUAAGGAAUUGAAAAGUUUGUUAAAUACUAUUAUGAUGCCUCAAUUUGGGUUAACUUUACAAUGAAUUGAAAUAAUGGCAUAUUCGUAUUUGACCUGUCCAUUUGAGCCUACCGUUGGCAGACUCAACCUUCAGUUUCUUUAACUGUAAAAUGAAGAUAUCAGUACUUGUGUUGUUAGGAAUGCUUUGGGUUGCAAAUCACAAGACAUCCCCUGUGAGUGGUUUAGGCUGGAGAUUGUCAAACUUUUUCAGUAGAGGGCCACAUGGUAAAUACUUUAAGCUUUGUGGGCCACAUAUGGUUGUUUAUUUUUACUUUUUAUUUGUUAACAUCCUUUUAAAAAAUGUAAAAACAGUUCUUAGUUCCUGGAUUUAACCCACAGGCCAUAGUUUGCCAACCAUUGUUUUAGCUAAGCAAUAAAAGUGUUGAAUUAUUCCCACUAACAAGCAGCCUGAAGGUGGACAUUCCAAGGCUGGUUCAGCAGCUCAAAGAUGUCAUCAAGGACUGAAGCUCUUUUGUUCUUUCUGCUCUACCUUCCUCAAGCUGUUGGCGUUUUGUUCUUUUGUUUAGUUCCUUGUGAUUGUGAGAUGGCUGCUGAGGCUCCAAGCAAUACAGUGACAUUCAAAGGAAGAAAUCCUAGUGGGGGAAAGAGAGCUAUGACAAAAAGACUUUUUCUUGGAAAAGAUCUUACAUUUUUAUUACUAUUUUUUAAUCUUGUAAGGGGAGUCCUUUCCCAAACAUUUCUCCCCCCUUUUUAUGUCUCAUUGUCUGGAACUGAGCAACAUGAUUCCCAUCCCUUGACCAACCAUUGGCAGAGGGAAAUGGAAUUCUCAUGACUGAUGAUCUCUCCUGGGGCUGGGAGAGGAUUCUGCCAUGUCACAGAUCAGUAGAUCAGCCCAUCAUGUAAUUAGAGAAGGCUGUGGGGCUGGCACUUAGAUAAGCAAUGAGUAGGAUCUACUAAAAUACCUUUCAAGUAUUGAAAUACUUGGGAAAGAAAGGUUUUGACCUUUCAAAUUGGUGUCUACUUUAAUAUCUCUUUUUCAUAUUUUAAUGAUUUGCUUAAAGCCAGCAGCCUGUGUUUCUAGGGUGGGGGGAGGAAUUGCCCCCAGGGAGCAUUUGGCAAUGUCUGGAGACAUUUUUUGGUUUUCACAACGGUGCUGCUGGCAUCUGGUGAGUACAGGCUAAGGAUGCUGCCAAAUGUCCAACAAUGCACAGGACAGCCCCCACAACAAAGAAUUAUCUGACCUAAAAUGUCAAUAAUUCAAAGGUUGAGAAACUCUGGUUAAAGCCAUAAUGAAGAGGUUUCUUGUAUACGCAGUGAAGAAUUAAUAAACCCAUUACCAAGUCUAGGCAAUACCUAUAUUCUAAAAACAGAGUGGAAGGGUGAAAAUUCUAUAGUAUGUUUAAAACUCUGAUUGGAUAUUGGUAAACAUGAACAUUUUUUUAAGAGGAUGUAUUAAAAACCAAACAAAACUUGAGGGCAGACUCAUAUCUUCAUAUUCCUUGUCUAAGAUUUUUGUCUUCUAUUAACAGGUGGAACACAUCAGGAGGAAAAAAAAAUGAGAUAGGGUGUUUACAAAGGUAAAGAUGAGGUCAAAGUGUCCCCAAAAGUCUGAUGCCUCUGAUAUGUUCCAUAUGGAAAAGACUUUUUCUCACCCUCUCCCUUUUCUGCUCCUCGGGGUUGAUUUUCUCUCCCAACCCAAUUUUAACUGCUCUUCGUGAAAACAGAUUUCACAAUCUACAGAAUAAAUGGAAGCGUAGCACAUUUGGGCCUAGAGACAAGUACACAUGUCUUAGAUUCCUGGGUCUAAUACCACGGAUAACUGUUGCUGAAGAAAACUUCUCUACUCUUCUUCCAAAAGUGAUUCUCUCCUGUGUUUCUGGAUUCGUGAAUCAUAUAUAGCCCCUUUCUGGUGUUUUUGUAUUUGAUCCCUUUAGAAAGGAAGAAGAACUAGAAUUUGAACCUAAGGUUGACUUGAUCACUAUGCAACUCAGAAUUGUUCUUAGGCCUGUUCUAAGCAGCCAGGCACUCAGAAGGAACAGAAUGACAGUAUAAGCUUGAGCCUGCACACAGAAGGCAAAGGCUGAGGAGCAUCUUGGCAUCCAGUAUGUGGGUUUUGCUCUCCCUUGACUGGGCAAGGAAAAUGCCUGUUCUUUGUGGAAGAUCCAGACAUACUUGGCUCCAUGACCAUGUUGGCCUCUUCUUUGCUUCAGCCAUAAGAUUUCUGGAGCUAGGAUUAUAAGCCCGGCCAGACAAAAAAGUUUGCUUUCUCCUCCUCUUUUUCCUGUUAACUCUGCAACUUCAGACAAGUAAAAUUGGAGUCCAUAUUGGAAUGAGACACACACUGAUGCUUUAAAAUGAUAAUUCACACUGUGAGUGUGCCUGCUAGAGCAAGAACAUCAGUGUGAGGUCCAGAUGUCAAGACCCAGUGAUUAAUCAAGUAAUUAAUAUAGAGCUUGGAAGGUUUUCUUCCAGAGCAUCUGGAAUAUUCUACCAAUUUGCAGAUGGGUUCAAUUAAAAGGAAACAAUGCCUACCAUUUGGUGCUGGCUUAAAUAAAACAUAAAAUAAAG